CACAUAUACGUUAACGUGUUCCUUCUUGUCGUUACAACGUCGAUGAUCAAGCAGUUUUUGGAAAGAGUUGCAUAUGGUUCCACGCGUGUUUGUUAUGCCGAAGCUGCUGGAGUCGGUUGGGAUAUAGUAUUCGUGGCAUCUCGCAAAAUGGGCAACCAGGUGACACGUGCCAAUACGUCGCAAAAUAAAGCAGAACCCAAAGGGACGAGCACUGGCAAUGGUAUCCGUGGCGCAAAUGGCACCGCCCCAAAAAACGGAUCCAAAAGUGAAUCGAAUUCUAUAUUCACUUCCCAAAUGCAAUUUUAUCCGAUCGAAAGUUUAACAAAGACUUUGUCCCAUCUAACCCAGCAGGAAGAACAUGUUAACGGCAUUACCAAGUCUGUAUUCAAAAAGUACUUAUUUCCCACUCAUCCCGAACUGAGUGAUAAACUCUUUACUUACUUACAUCACAAUGCGCAAUCCACAACUACAUAUAUAAGCACAACGGCCUUUAAGCAACAAGCUGAAAAGUUUUUGGCAGUAUUGAAUGAUCAAACUAUAUUGGAAAAGUAUAUAAAGAUCUAUUCUAGCGUUCACAACGAUGGCAACGUUACUCCUGAAAUAUUGAAAGCUUUAGUGAUGUGUUGUUAUCAAUUGGCGAUGGAAAACAAUAGUACCAGUACGUGUCUUUAUUCGGAGCAAAUAAUAGACGCGGUUGUUGCUUCAUGCUUUCACGGUAAGACCAGCUUGUCUGUGAAUUAUGUGAGCAAUUGGAUCGGGAUACAUUGUCCGCGGAUGGUAAACGGCCUACAUCGAUACGUGGUUCACGUAUUAACUACCGCGUAUCGUAAUGGUAAAGCCCUUCUAUCGGCAGAACAACCCCAGCCUCCUGUUGAGAUAUUAACACCUGUGAUAGAAAACUCAAAUCCGGAAUUUCCCGAAGUGAGCUUACUGCCGUUGAGUUAUGUCUGGUUGUUGGCAUGCACAUUGCCGCAGAGUUAUCUUCAGACCGACAAUUCACCGAAGGACAUAACUCACGCUUUGAUAGCUGGACGAACAGGCAGUAUUUGUCCAAGGCAUUGGACGUUACUAUACAAUAGCAGGGAACAUGGGUCCGGGGCUAAUCGCUUCCUUCACCAUGUAUUAGGUUACAGAGGUCCCACCUUGCUUAUUAUAAGAGCCGCUAGUGUAGACAGCGAUGGAGAACAUCCAACAUAUUGCGUUUGUUCGGCUGUCGAGUGGCGUGAAACUAAUCUCUAUUGGGGCGAUGAGGAUUCGAUGGGUUUGCAACUGACUCCGUUCUAUAAAGUUAUAGAGAAAGGUCCGAAGAUAUUGUAUCUCAACACGAAUAUUAGAGGCUACCCGCAUGGCCUGCGGCUCGGCAGCGAUCCGCGCUCGCCGCUUAUCAGUAUCGACGAUUCAUUCCAUUCGGUGAGCAUCGCCGGCGCCCCUUACAGCAUUGACCGUCUGGAAGUCUGGGGAUGUGGCGAUGUCAAGCUGAGAGAAAAACAAUUAGAGAUUAAGAAAUGGCAAGUAAAAGAAGCAGAGAAACAGAGAGUCGUCAAGUUAAGCGCUAGUGAUUGGCUGGACCAUCCCGAUCGUUACUUACUAGAAUUGGCCGGUAGAACAUCUUACAACGAAACUAACAAGUAGAGCUAUGAGGAGAAGCCGCGCGUGCUCUUAAGUAACUCUGCUAAUAUUUUAUUUAAUUUUGUACAUAUGUGUAUAUAUAGUAUCAGAGAUAUUUUCGUUGCCGAAUUUCUCGUACUUAUGCUGUGCGUUUUGAAUAACGUACAUAUGAAAUGUGAUUGCGAUUUAUGUGAAAUACAGGGACUUAUGCUUGAUGUACUUAAGCACAAGUGCCAAAGUUUGUAAA